AUGUUGAUAUUCGUGCUGUUGGUUGCCAUCCUACUCCCAUCAUCGAUUUGCAUCGAGUCCGAAGAAUCGUUCCAUCCCUUAUUGGCGGCACCGAAGGACCAGCCUGGUGUAAGGGUUCGCAUUCUUCCAAGAGGCCUUAGUUAUCUUAAUUAUUUGUUGGCGAAUGUGUUAGCAGACCAGUUACCUCGCCUCAUAAUUCCUGAUGUCGAACACAUUCUUCCCAGUAAUCAAGGCAAUAUUUAUAUAUCACAUAUUCGAUUGUCAAGGUUUCGAAGGGCUGAAAAUCAGUACCUGAAUGCGACAGCUCCGAAUAAAUUAUCCUGGGCAAUGAAAAAUUUGGACAUAGGGCUUCUUGGAGAUCUGAGCGGCUCCGUGAACAUUGUAGUUCCUCUGAAUCUAACCGGUCAAGUCGAAAUCCUAGCUCAAGGUCUCACGUUUCAUCUGGAAUCGUCGAUUGAAAAAGGGAUAAAUGGGUCAGCAAGAGUUUCGUCACUCUCAUGCACUGCCACCAUUCGCGAUGUUCAAGUCACCAAUCACAAUGGUGGACUUUUUGGUCUUGCUGUCUCUGUAUUCAAGCAAGGCGUUUCGGACAAUGUUCGACAUAUGCUGCAAGGCAUUAUUUGCCAAAAAGUUCGAAAAUAUAUUGAUGAAGACGCUAAUCGGAAACUUGCCGAAGUUCAAACCUCUAGUAAACUAGGUGACGCUAUUGAAGCAAAUGCUUUGAGAAUGAUCGGAAAUCAGAAAAAUCACAUCGAUGUGACGAGUAUUUUUGAUCCAGCAAUGGCGAGAAACUUCUUCAUCGAUUUUAGGCUUAAAGAGCACCCAAUUUGCCUUGAUAAUAUGGUGGAGCUCGCCUCUUCAGGAGAGAUUUCCUAUAACGGACUUGGUGAUACCCCAUUUGGACCAGUUGACUCCUCGUGGCCAACCAGAACCCCAUUCCGGCCGUUUGUUGACUCGAUGACUAACAAGGAUUCCAUGAUUGAACUAAUGGUGUCUGAUUUCCUUCCGAAUUCCAUGUUGUACCAUGCAUAUAGACAUCGUCUUAUUAAAGUGCUUCUCACACCGAAAAUGGAAAGCGUUUCCGCGUUUCUGCGUACAACUUGCGAGGGAUCUUUUUGUAUUUCGGAUUUGGCUCCGCAACUCGCCGAACAGUAUCCGAAUUCUACUGUCGAAUUGGCUAUUUCAGCAACUAGGGCGCCUGCAAUUCUGUUCAGUGAACGAAAUGGAGGAACUAUUUCAAUUUCCAUGGGUGGAAUCGUCGUAGUUUUUGCCAUAAAUGGUUCUAAGAAGCGUCAAGUCAUCGUAGUUGAUCUCGACGUCGUCGCAGAUGCCAAACUUUCUAUUCAAAAUCAUAGUAUUAGUGGUUCUGUAGAAUUAAGGAAGUUUGAUCUGAAAAAGAGGACUGGAACUGUUGAUAUCACCGAUUCUGAGAUUGAUGAUAUCGCUCUUCUUGUUAGCCAACUUUCCGAGAAUUUGCUGAACGGAUUGCUUGUGAAUGGAAUGCCGAUCCCAAUUCCAAAAGUCUUACGAAUCAAGGAUACUAAAAUAAACGUUUUGAGUCGAAGAAUGCAUAUUCAACUUGAUGUUGAUGUCGAUGAACGAAGAUUGUCUCGAUUGGCUUCUGAGAAAUUCUUCAAAAGUCCUCAGUUCUCCGAUCCUCCAAUGAACCCAAUGAGACGACUUGUUAGACCAACAAUGUUCCUUGACAAUCGUCGACGAAUUCCACCACAAAUGUUUACAAACUGGUCGCCUGAUAUUGCUUAA